AUGUCUCCUGUCAAUCUGGGGUCGAUGCCAACCAAGCAUUUCCCGCACAUUACGAGAUACCUGGACGAGGCGACCUUUCUCUCUCUCCGUCAGGUCUCUCGGAGAAUGCACUACUUGGUGGAGCCUAUGACGGAGGCGAUCUUCGCGCGGUAUCUCGAGACCGUCGAGACGAACCUCUCGUACCACAGCCUCCUGCGCAUCCACUGCGAUCUGGCCCGGCCGAGGGGCAACCCGCUGGCGGCGCUGGUCAAAAGACUGGUGAUUCGGUACCCGUACACGGGGCCUAACUCCCCGUUCAACAGGCUAGCGCUAUCCAGCGAGAUCGAGGACCCGCUCGCCCUGCCGGAAUUGUGGGCGCUGCGCUGCGAUCUCGUCACCGCGUUCACCGAGUGCCGGGACUUCGAGUUCCACCUGGACGAGCCCGCCGACUGGCCCGUAGACUGCAUUCACGCCGGCGACGUGGUGCGCGUUAUGUUCACUAUCUUCAACGAUGCCGGGAUCCCCCUCGAGCGUCUCAAGAUACACACCUCGUUGCGCUCCGCUCCAUUCCUGGAGCAGCUCACCACGACCCCGUACCAGGUCCUCCAGCUCCCCAACUGGACCGUCCCCGCGCUGUACCCCGAGGUGCUGCGCAGCCUGCGCGUGCUUUACCUGCACGACGACUACUUCCGGGAAUACCGCGGUACGUCCAUCGUCUGGGAGCUGCUGGAGGGCACCCCGGCGCUAGAGGAGCUGCGCAUCGUUGGCAGAGGCCGCGAGCAUCCCACAGGGAACACCCUCGAGGCUCUAUCGACGGCGCGGCUGGCCUCCGCGCGGAUCCGGGUGUUCUCCGUCCGGAAGAUCGAGUCCACGGCCGAGAUUCUGCGGACGUGUAUCCGGAAGAUGGCCGUGCGGGGUCUGGAGAUUCUGGAGCUGAGGGAUGUGACGUUGACUACGAGGGAGACGGGGGAGUCGUGGGAAGAGGUCUUGCAGAGCGUGUGGCGGAUGUGUGUCGAUCUGACGCGCAUCAAUUUCAGGAACCUCGGCGCUCGAGACGAGAGGACGGGGGUUGUCAGGCGGCUGCUGCAGACUGGGUGUCGUUUGACAGUCUCAGUAAGGCAGAUGGUCUUGGAGCAAUUGGUCGAGAAGGCGAGGAGGAUGAGAAUGGGUGGCGCCGUCCAAUGA